UUGACGCCGCGUUUCCCCGGCAACGACAAGGACUCCAAGGUCCAUAGUGCAUUGCGGCGUGUUUCCGGAUGUGAUAGCCCUCCAUUAGAGCCGACGAAGUCGAGACGCAGUGAGCAUUGUAGCCUUUCUGAUUUCAGCAGUGAAGAAGAAGACGCCGCCGCCAUGCCGCCCGGGCCCGUUCAGAUAGUCCAGCCGGAGCCCAACGGCAAGCAGAAUGAUGGAGCUCCAGAAGAGACCCCGGCCACUAAACCCAUUGUUGGCAUCAUAUACCCUCCUCCAGAGGUCCGAAACAUUGUCGACAAGACGGCUAGUUUUGUUGCCAGGAAUGGUCCCGAGUUCGAAGCAAGAAUCCGUCAGAAUGAGAUCAACAACCCUAAAUUUAAUUUCCUUAAUCCCAACGACCCCUACCAUGCGUACUACCGCCACAAGGUCAACGAAUUUAAGGAGGGCAAAGCCCAAGAACCAUCUGCAGCGGUGCCUAAGGUCAUGCAGCAGCAAGCCUUGCAGCAGUCCCAGCAGCUUCCUCAAAAGGUGCAGUCCCAGGUGAUUCAGGAGACCGUAGUCCCCAAAGAACCACCCCCCGAGUUUGAGUUCAUUGCAGAUCCCCCAUCAAUCUCCGCGUUUGAUCUGGACGUCGUGAAGCUCACGGCCCAGUUUGUUGCUCGCAACGGCCGGCAGUUUCUCACCCAGCUUAUGCAGAAGGAGCAGAGGAACUACCAGUUCGACUUUCUGCGCCCGCAGCACAGUCUCUUCAACUAUUUCACCAAACUGGUGGAGCAGUACACGAAGAUUCUGAUCCCUCCCAAGGGCCUGAUAAUCAAACUUAAAAAAGAGGCCAUAAACCCAAAGGAAGUUAUGGACCAGGUGCGAUACCGAGUGGAGUGGGCAAAAUACCAGGAGCGCGAGAGAAAGAAGGAGGAAGAGGAGAGGGAGAAAGAGCGGGUUGCGUACGCCCAGAUAGACUGGCAUGAUUUUGUGGUGGUGGAGACCGUGGAUUUCCAGCCCAACGAGCAAGGCCACUUCCCCCCACCUACGACACCAGAGGAGCUCGGCGCUCGCAUCCUGAUCCAGGAGCGCUAUGAGAAAUUUGGAGAAAGCGAGGAGGUGGAGAUGGAGGUAGAGAGCGAGGACGAAGAGGAUGAACGAGAGAAGCGGCCCGAUGGCCAGCCCUCACAACCCGAUCAAGACACUCAAGUCCAAGACAUGGAUGAGGGCUCUGAUGAUGAAGAUGAGGGCAUGAAGGCUCCAUUGCCACCAGACAACCCAAUGCCGCCUCCCCUGCCUCCGGCUCCAGAACAGGUUAUUAUUCGCAAGGACUACGAUCCCAAAGCUUCCAAGCCUCAGCCCUCAGUCGCAGCUCCGGACGAGUACCUCAUUUCGCCAAUUACCGGCGAGAAGAUUCCAGCCAGUAAGAUGCAGGAGCACAUGCGUAUCGGCCUGCUGGACCCGCGCUGGCUUGAACAGAGGGACCGAAGCAUCAGAGACAGGCAGACCGAGGACGAGGUCUACGCUCCCGGUUUGGACAUUGAGAGCAGCUUGAAGCAGCUCGCCGAGAGGCGUACUGAUAUCUUUGGUGUGGAAGAGACGGCCAUCGGAAAGAAGAUCGGUGAAGAGGAAAUUCAGAAACCUGAAGAAAAGGUUACCUGGGAUGGCCACUCAGGGAGCAUGGCUCGCACACAGCAGGCCGCUCAGGCCAACAUCACUCUACAAGAGCAGAUCGAAGCCAUCCACAAGGCCAAAGGACUGGUGGGCGAGGAUGAAACCAAGGAGAAGAUUGGUCCCAGCAAGCCGAGUGAAAUUAAUCAGCCUCCUCCCAUCCCCUCAUCUGCACCAAGUCUGCCUAAGCCUAGUCCUCCUGUCACAUCUGUGCCACGCCCACCCGUCUCUGUGGCUCCUCCAGUCCGCACCACUCUGCUGUCUGCUGUACCUGUUCUUCCGAGGCCCCCCGUGCCUCCCGUGGUACGUCUUGCACCAGGACAAGUCAUAGCACCGAUGCCCCCCAUGAUUCCUGGUCCCCGUGUCAAUGUGGUUCCCAUGCCACCAGCGCCCCACCUCAUGGCCCCCAGGCCACCUCCUAUGGUGGUUCCAACGGCAUUUGUCCCGGCUCCUCCCAUGCCGCAGCCACCUAGCGCUGCUCCAGCUCCCCCCAUCCACCCACCCCCUCCCCACGACGAUGAGCCAUUAAGCAAGAAGAUGAAGACGGAGGACAACCUCAUGCCAGAGGAAGAGUUCCUUCGUCGAAACAAGGGUCCUGUGGCAGUCAAGGUACAGGUCCCCAACAUGCAGGACAAGACCGAAUGGAAGCUAAACGGCCAAGUGCUUAACUUCACUGUCCCGCUUACAGAUCAGGUGUCUGUUAUUAAAGUCAAAAUCCAUGAGGCGACAGGCAUGCCAGCUGGAAAACAGAAGUUACAGUAUGAGGGCAUAUUCAUCAAGGAUUCCAACUCUCUGGCUUACUACAACAUGACCAACGGUUCAGUCAUUCAUUUGGCUCUGAAGGAGAGAGGUGGAAGAAAGAAGUGAGACUUUCGUCCAGGAGAAAACGUUAAUGCUGUGCUACUCGUUCAUCUAAAGUAAUUUUAGUUCAGCUGAGAAUUUUGGAACGAUUAACCCUUUUUUUUUUCUCCCCCAAAUAUAAUUCGAAAAGUUAUGCUGAUUUUGAAUAGUAUGUUGUUAAUGAGCAGUGAGGUUGGUCCCACUCUGAUUUGUCCAUGAUUAUAUAUACACUGAUGUAGCAUUCACAUGUAAGUUGCUCGAAACGUGGAGUCCUGGCUUGUUUGUUCUUAUCACGAUAAAUAAAGGAGUCAAGUAAUCAUU